AUGUCGCCGUCUACCAAUCCCUACAUCGUCUCUCAGCUCCGAUCUCAGAUUUAUUACCACCUCGACAACAAUCUCGUUCGUAAUGCACUGUUCCUCGCCAGUCGUCUCGCUAGCUACGAACCUCGAAGUCCUGAAGCCGCAUACCUUCUCUCACUUUGUCAGUUACAGUCUGGGCAGAUUAAAGGCGCUUGGGAGACAACUCGGGUUCACGCCUCGCGAGCCAUUCACCUAGGGUGCUGCUACAUAUAUGGUCAAGCGUCUCUCGAGCUUGGGAGAUAUGUGGAAGGAAUAACUGCACUGGAGAGAGCGAGGCCAUUAUGGUUGAACAAGAAUUCGUGGAACCAGCACUCAGAGAGCAAGAGGCAGCACUUACCAGACGCCGCAGCCGUGUACACUUUGCAGGGGAAACUGUUUCAGGCACACAAGGACAUGGGCAAAGCGGUCGAUUGUUGGGUGGAAGCGCUGAAGCUGAAUCCUUUUAUGUGGGAUGCGUUCUUGGGACUUUGCGAGAGCGGCGCGAAUAUCAACAUUCCCAAUAUCUACAAGAUGACGCCAGAAAUGAUCUCCUCCAUGAAAUUGACAAUCCAAAAUGAGAAAGAUCUGGCAGUGCCCUCCAGUGCUCCACUCCAGUCUCAGCCGACCAACAAUCCUAUCCCAGAUCCCUUCCUCUCUUCGAAUCUCAGGGCGAAUGGCAUAUCUGGUUAUGGUAGUUCGGCACUAUGGGAGAAAUUGAACGGCGCUACGAUCUCCGGCGUUAAUAUUAGCGCUGAUGAGGAGGGAACGCUGACUGCAACUGACGAGGACAAUUUGCAAUCAAGACCAACAUGGGAGCCUCCUCCGGCACCUGCGAGGAAGCAAAGAAGUGCACAGGAGUUGGUAGAUUAUGCAUCAGCCCCUCCUCCAAGAUUGGGUGCGAACAGCAUCAAAUCAAGAACACGAAGUAAAGUUGGCUCGGAAGAUGCCGUUCUCACCGUCCCAGACCCACCUCCAGCAGCACCUACCAAGAGGACCGUCUCUGGACAGGUUGCCACCUCGCAGAAUGGUGCUCCUGAAGGUACUAGACGAAGCAGGAGGUUGCUAAACACCGUCCAGCCCACAACAACCGGUGGCAGCAAGAUUUCAUCCCUUGCAAGUUCGUUUGGUCUACGGGAAGGUCGAGAUAUCAAGAAAGCGAAAGCACCUGCAAAAGGCCGAACCGCCACUACUUCUACAGUUGGUCGAGUCGUUAGUGGCAAUCGAAACCGAGCAGAUAUUAUGGAGGUUGAUCGUCCACCUCAGAAGCCACCCAUGACAUCUCAAUUCAACAAGGACUAUGACGGUCUUCAGUCGUUGUUGGAUCUGUUCUCGCGCAUGGCAAAUGGAUAUUUUUGCUUGUCGCGUUACGACUGUCACAACGCCAUUCAGAUCUUCAACAGCUUGCCUACGCAGCAUAGAGAAUCCCCUUUCAUCUUGGCCUGUAUUGGAAAGGCUUAUUACGAGCAAGCUUCUUAUGCGGAUGCGGAAAAAUUCUUCAUUCGAGUCAAACAAAAUUCAGGAUCUGUCUUGGAGGAUAUGGAGGUCUACAGCACUGUCCUAUGGCAUAUGAAGAACGAGGUUGAGCUUGCAUACCUCGCGCAUGAGCUGAUGGAAACCGAUCGCUUAAGCCCGCAGGCAUGGUGUGCGGUUGGUAACUCGUUCUCACUACAACGUGAGCAUGAACAGGCGCUGAAAUGCUUCAAGCGUGCUACGCAGCUGGAUUCUGGUUUUGCAUAUGGCUUUACACUUCAAGGCCAUGAAUUCAUUGCCAAUGAAGAAUACGAUAAGGCGCUAGAUGCGUACCGAUCGGGUGUGCAUGCAGACCCAAGACACUACAAUGCCUGGUAUGGCCUUGGAAAGGUGUAUGAGAAGAUGGGCAAAUAUGAUAUUGCAGAGCAACACUACCGAACUGCCGCACGAAUCAACCCCACAAACGCGGUAUUGGUCUGCUGCAUUGGUAUGGUGCUUGAAAAGAACAAGAAUUACGAAGCGGCGUUGGCUCAGUACUCGAAAGCGUGUACUUUGUCGCCAACAUCCGCGUUGUCUCGCUUCCGAAAGGCUAGAGUGUUGGUGCAGCUUCAGCAACCGAAGAUGGCGUUGGUGGAACUGCAAAUUCUGAAGGACGUCGCACCCGAUGAAGCGAAUGUCUUCUUUCUGCUGGGGAAGCUUUAUAAGAUGCUGAGGAUGAGAGCUGAUGCUGUGAGGUGUUUCACGGCGGCUCUGAACUUGGAUCCAAAGGCUGCUCAGUAUAUCAAAGAUGCUAUGGAGAGUCUGGAUGAUGAAGAAGAUGAAGAAGAAGACGAGGAAGGCGACAUGACUUGA